AUGAAAAUUAAUGUAUGGAUUAUUAUUUUGCUUGCUGCCGUUACUGUUAUUCUGUUUACUGUAAUUGUAUUAAUUUUUCUAAUUGUUAAAUUAAUAAGAAAUCGUAUACGUCCAUCAAGAAGCUCAGUUGUUGUUCGACCAAAAAUAGCAAAGCCAAUUGAUGCAUUCGAUGAAAGUGUUGCAAGUUACUCUCGAAUGCCCAUUGCAUCAGUAGUAAUACCAUCUCAGAAUCAGUCACAAAAAACUAACAGCAAUGAAAUACAACAGUAUCGAACAUCCAGCAAAAAAUCUAGUUGGGUUUCUGAUACCUCAAGACGUUAUGCACUUACAGGUCAUUCGAAACAUCGCAACGAGCAUUUUGUGGAUCGAGACCCACCGUCACAUGACUCCAGAUGCGACUAUUUAGACCCACUGGAUCUAGAUCUGGGUGAACUUCAAGAAAUUCAAAUUAAUAAUUUUCAGACCCGAUAUAAGAAUACAGACAGGCCAGUCAUAACUUGA